GGUUGGUGAACCUAAUAUAAUAAUGUUUUAGUUUCUCAACACUUUUUUCAAUAAUUAGUCUUUUUUUUUGGGGUUCAAAUUCAUUUCAAAUUUUCAACUGAUUCAAUCAAUUCUCAUGAAUUCCAUCUUGUCAAGCGUCCUUCCUGCUCCCAAAGAUCCUGUUCUCAGUGUAAUUUUUGCUUGUAGAGAUGAUCCUAGUCCGGUCAAGUUGAAUUUGAGCGCAGGUACCUAUCGAACUGAGGAAGGAAAGCCUCUUGUUCUUGAUGUUGUGAGAAGAGCAGAGCAACAGUUAGCCAACGACCUGUCUAGGGACAAGGAAUAUCUUCCCCUUAAUGGACUUCCUGAAUUUAAUAAAUUAAGUACCAAGCUUAUCUUAGGUGAUGAUAGUCCCGCAGUGAAAGAGAACAGAGUUGUUACAAUCCAGUGUUUGUCUGGUACUGGUUCUUUGAGAGUUGGAGCUGAGUUUCUAGCAACACACAACAAAGAACGUGUCAUUUUCGUUCCAGACCCAACUUGGGGGAACCAUCCCCGUAUUUUUGCUUUGGCGGGUUUGUCUGUCGAGUAUUUCCGCUACUAUGAUCCGAAGAGCCGGGGACUUGACUUCAAAGGCAUGCUCGAGGAUCUUGGCGCUGCACCUCCUGGAGCUAUAGUGGUACUUCAAGCUUGUGGGCAUAACCCCACAGGAGUUGACCCAACAUUCGAACAAUGGGAACAGAUUCGACGACUAGUGAGAUCGAAAUGCUUAUUACCCUUCUUUGAUAGUGCAUAUCAGGGUUUUGCUAGUGGUAGCCUUGACUCAGAUGCACAAGCGGUUCGUAUGUUUGUUGCCGAUGGAGGUGAAUGUUUGAUAGCUCAAAGUUAUGCCAAAAAUAUGGGUCUUUAUGGGGAGCGUAUUGGCGCUCUUACCAUUGUAUGCACGUCAGAGGAUGUGGCUAAGAAAGUUGAGGACCAAGUGCUACUUGUUGUGAGGCCUAUGUAUCUUACCCCACCUAUUCAUGGUGCAUCUAUUGUUGCCACAAUUCUAAAAAACAGUGAUAUGUACAAUGACUGGACAAUUGAGCUAAAAGGAAUGGCUGACCGCAUAAUUAGCAUGCGUCAACAGUUAUAUGAAGCUAUACAAGCUAGAGGAACACCUGGUGAUUGGAGUCACAUUAUUAAACAUAUUGGGAUGUUUACUUUUACUGGAUUAAGUGAGGAGCAAGUUCACUUGAUUGCCAAAGAAUAUCACAUUUACAUGACUUAUGAUGGGAGGAUAAGCAUGGCAAGUCUAAGUUCGAAGACAGUGCCUCAACUCGCUGAUGCUAUACAUGCUGUUGUUACUCGUAUUGCCUAAAUUUGCGAUUAUGUUCUUUGUUGUUUUAUGAACACAAUUGGGGAAUAAAAUUGUGUUCUUGGUUUACAUUUCAUAAGAGAGCACAAAGAAACAUCAUGGAUGAUUUGUUCUCUAAAUUGAUUACUAAACCGACCAAAAUGAGGAUUGUGACCUUUAAACCUACACAGUUUUGGUAUUUUAUUUUUA